AUGGACUCGCCGACCAGCCCCAGCCAUGGCGUCAUCACUCCGCAGUUUAGUGCCGAAGUCGACGACAGCCUGGUGCGUGGAGUGGCGGCGAACAAGCGCAUCUCGGAAGGAUGCAGACCGACGAAGGGCACCUAUCUACACACGCUGCAGACCGCGCAGAAGACUAGGAACGUCGCGAUCCACGAUAAGUUCUUAGCCACCGCGGAGAAGAACGGCAUCGGCGAGAUCUUCGACCUCUCGAAGAAGUCGCAGGUGUGCACCCUCUCCAAGGGGGGCAAGAUUUCGCAGACCAUGUACAAUGUUGACAUCUCUGCGACCCACGUGAUUCUCUCGUCUGCCCGGCCUUUCUCAAUGACCUGCGACGAGAAGGACAAGAGGCUGCAGGUGGCCAAUGUCUUUGACUACCAAGGCACAUAUGUGCAUUCCCUCCAGCACGGAGCCAUGAUCGGGCGCGGCGGCAUCUGCCUGUCGCCGGAGUAUGCGGCCACCUCGGGGGAGGAUCAGGUGGUGAAGGUGUGGAGCCUCGAGACGGGAAAGCUCUUGGGCCAGGUUGCCGUGGACAAGGCCCGCAGCCCCGGGGUGCGCAUCGUCCAGGGCCAGCUGCUGCUCUCAGGCAUUUCGGAGGUGUCCAUCUACUCUUUGCCUGGCCUCGUCUUGGAGCGACGGCUGGUGAAUGAGAUGGAUAAGGACAAGGUGCCGACGCGUGCCACGCCUCAAACCUACCCACGCCUGGCCAUGGGUGGACCCUACGUGGUGUCCGGCAGCGAGACGCGCACGGCCAGCGUCUGGACACUGGCGGAUGGCAAGCUGCUGUGCACCAUCUCGGACGAGCGUCGCAUCUCCGGGGACUUUAUGGUGGCGCUGAGCGGGGACAAGUUGGUCGUCAUCGCUGGGAAGAUGCUGAAGAUCUACGACCUCACGGUGCACGCAGGGUACCGGCGCGCCAUCUCUGAGAGCUUGGGCAUGAGCUUGGAGUACCUCAUCGAGCCAUCCAUGUUCACCCUCACUGCGCAGACUGCCGCCGGCAAGGAAGACCCCAACUUCCACGAGCUCGCGCCGGCCAUCGCCUAUGGCCCUAAAGCCUUAGGCGCUGCCGCCAUCUGCCCCCGCGACGGGCGACCGGGCUGCGCGCUGGUGGACGUGCUCCCCGCGGGGCCGGCCACCCACUUCUUGUCCUGGGCCUGGGGCUACCACCUGACGACGGUGGUCCUGGCGCUGCGCCACUGGUGCCAGGAGUGCCAAGUGGAUGCCGCGCAGACGUUCAUUUGGAUCUGCUUCUUCUGCAACAACCAGGAGAGGAUCUUGAAUGAGAAGAGUCAAGAAGGCUCGGACGACUUGGAGACCACCUUCCAGGGCCGGCUCAAGGCCAUUGGCCAGGUGCUGGUGCUCUUCGAUGACUGGUCCAAGCCCGCGUACCUGACGCGGGUUUGGUGCAUCUUCGAGACCUUCGUCGCAGUGCGCUCCGACAUCUCCUACUCGCUGAUCUUCCCCCCGGAGAGCUCCAAGAGUCUGCACGCCACGCUGCAGCGGGGGAUGCACUUGGAGGUGACCAAGGAUUGGAGCAGCAUCGACGUGGCCCAAGCAAAAGCCAGCCGCAUGGUGGACGAGGAGAAGGUGAAGGGGCUGAUCACGCGCACCUCUUCCUUCGACGAGGUGAACUCAGUUGUGAAGAGCCACUUGGUGAAUUGGUUCAAGCGGCAGUUCGAGGUGGUCUUUGAAAAAGGCGUGCAAGAGGGCGUCAAGGAGGCUCACUGCCUCAAGUGUAUGGUCAAGGAUGAGGAGAUCGCGACGCUGAAAGCCAUGCUCGAGGAGCGCGACGCCGAGAUCGCCCGACUCCGAGAGCUGCUUCCCGCUGGCAGCGGGGCGCAAGCGGCGCAAGCGGUGCGCCUGGCCUCCCCCAGAGUCUGA